AUGAAACUCAUCCACGAAAAGUUCGAACGAGACGGCAAAGGUUCGGUGAAAUGUACCCCGGAAACCGAGGACGACAUGUGGGAUGUGUACAAUUUGCUCAAGGUGGACGAUAUCGUCCACGCGACGGCGACGAGGAAAGUGAAAGCGUCCGAGAUGGAAUCUUCCGGGGCGAACGUGAGAGAUACCUCGUCGAAAGUUAUUAAACUAAACUUAGGCGUGAAAGUGACGAGCAUCGAUUGGGAUCCAGAUUUGAGUCUCGUGAGGGUUUCGGGACGGAACCAAACGGUGAGCGAAUACGUGAAGCAAGGCGCGAUGCAUACGUUGGAGUUGACGACGCAUAAAGCGGUGACGAUCGAGAAGAGCGAGUGGGACGGGGAAGACGUGAGACGGUUUCGAAAAGCUUUAGAACCGAACGUGCAAGCGACGAUUGUAGCGAUGUUGAUAUCGGAUGUAGGUGAGUGUCGCAUAGUGUUGUGCGGCGGCGCUCGGACGACGGUAGUCGCGAAGAUUGAAAGAUCGAUACCGAAGAAGAAAGGGGUAGGGGCGGUAGUUGGGCACGAGAAACAGUUGGGUAAGUUUUACGAGGAUAUUUGCGACGCAGUAUUAGGCAGCGGAAGUGGUCACGCGUCGUCGUCGUUGUCAGCGGCAGCAGCGACAACCGACGAGAAGAAGAAGAAGAAACAUUUCCUGGAAAAUUGCCCAAUCUGUUUCAUCAUCGCAGGCCCUGGCUUUGGGAAGGAGAAUAUUUUGCAAAAGCUCAACGAACGCUCGCAAAAAUUGUAUUCUGGCAAAACCUUCGAGAGUUGGCUGAAGUCAUCGUUCGAUUGCGUAUUAGUGAAGAACGUUCGAGCGUCGAGCGCGCACGUGGGCGCGCUUUUGGAAGCGCUAAAAGACCCGUCCACGCGCAAAGCGGUUGGCGCCGCCGCGGAAACGCUCGACGCGGACGUGCUCGAACAAUUAUACGCGGAAAUUGAGAAGUAUAAAGCUUUGUAUGGGCCGUCGCACGUGCUGAAAGCGUUCAAAGAAGGCGCGAUUAAGAUGUUGCUCUUAUCAGACGAUGUAUUUCGCACGAAAAAUCCAAUCGAAAGAAAGUUAUGGACGAAAGUUCGCGAGGACGUGGAAAAUUCCGGUUUCGGCAGCGCGAGGGUGUUUUCAACCGGUCACGAAAGUGGGGAGAGGUUGAAACAAUUGACUGGAGUGGCGGCUAUAUUAAGGUUUCCAAUGGAGGAGUUGGUCGAGUCCGAAUUACCGAAUCCACCGGAUUAUAAGAAAUGGUUAGAAGAUUUGAGCGACGAUUAG